GGCUUAGAUCUUGUGCCAACAUAUGAUCAAGCUUUCAAAGAACAAAGGAAGAUUGAUUGAAUUCGGUCUAAGACGGCGUCUAGGUCUUAAGCUUGAGGAAUGUGCGCCCGGCUCAGACGCUCAUUUCUAUUAUCUAGUCAAAAGCUUAGCACAUUCCUCAUACUCACUGUCGUGAUCGCUAGGAACAAUUUUUUCAAACUACUAUUAUCGGAUCUCGAGCCGCUUUUCUACCCCUUGCCCCAUUUAUCCACCGUUCGUUCACUCGAGGCUCCGCUACUUGAAACAAUAUGAGCACGUCGGUAGCGAAAAGGGUCAAGAAGACCGCCAACUCCCAGAACAAGCUUCCCUCGAUAUUGAAGCGACCCAUCGCCUCGCAGGAGGACUACGAGAUGCGCGUGGGUCCCGGCUGGACGCUGAGCGACGGGACCUACGAACACGUACCGCAGUCGAAGAGACGCAAGAGAGACGUUCCAUAUCCGGCUUACGUCGAUCUAGCGCACGAGUCCAUGUUCGGACUCUCCUCCCUCCAGCUUGGUUAUAAUGCUCCGAUUACUCAUUGCGCUAUGGAUAUCGCGACCGAGCACGUUUGGAAAUGUCUCCCGAAGGGGGUUCAGGAGCUGAUCGAGGUCGCUCCUCCUAACGGCCCCGAGCUCUGGAGUAACAACGCAAGAGACGUCGAUGAGAUGUACCAGAGGAUGCGCGAGGACUCCGCCUUAAAGAAUCAGAGCACGUACAAAUACUAUUCUCUCCUUAAGAGGAAACCCUGGACGGUCUGGCCGAUCUGGGUCGAGGACGACUACGGGUUUGACUGGGUGGUGAUCGUCUGGUACUCCGAAGAGUCCCAGGCCUCUAGCGGCGUAUAUGACAGAGUUCGGACGUACGAGGUGUACGACCCGCGCCGCGACAUGGGACAUCCGGAGGGUGCUCAGGACGGCAAGAAACGCGAUAUCAUUCAAGAUCGUUCGGAACGAAUCAGGGAUCGAUGGCUAGAUUUUCUCUCUAAGGGAGGUUUCGACACGAGAAAUGUACGCAGGUCUAGCGCAAGAAUGUGUCCUAUGGUAUCCGACGACUACACUUCGGGCGAGCGCUGCUUCGCGGCAGUUAAAGAUAUUCUUGGCAGCAUAAGAGAUAAUUAUAUCGACGGCGUAACCUUUAACCCUGAUCGCGAUAGCCUCCCGUCGCUCUCGCGAUGGGUCAACCCGUACGGGUCUCGUAUAGAGAUGGCCGGCAUCAACGCAUGGGUAUUGAUGUCGACGUUCAGCUACAAUGCCCGUAUCGUGGUUGAAUGUAUCGAGCCCGAGAUGAAGACGGAUAUCGUGGUCGACGGCCAGCGACGAACGAUUAAGCCAUUCGAGCUCGCCGGUCCUCGCUACCCGCCGCUCAUAGCUGCCGCAGACUACUGCGUUGACCCACAGGUUGAGAGCCCAAGUAAGUGAGCCAGACACUAGGGAAAAUCCUGAUGACGGUACUUAGGCCCCCCUGGGUCCCAGGAAGUGAGACGCAAUCUGUCGGACUCUCUAAAGGGAUCAGUGAUGACCAAUUUGGAACUUCGGGGUGAGGGAGGCGAAGACUGUAAAUAGACUUCUGUUAAAUAACAUCGUGGACAGUACGUUUAUCACAUCUGCUCAAUUUCAAGGCCCGGUGAAUGUCAGUGAUGCCUCGACAUAAAUGAAGCGUUUUGUAUGAGUAUGUUUACUUGUUAUUUCUGGAAUUUGAUGAAUGUAAAUGAAAGAUGAAAUCAUUCACUCUCAAUCCUCGAUGUCGAGGGCUUGAAAUGCGAGAUUUGGUGUG